GAUAAUCAACCGUACUACUCAAUAUGUGUACCACCGUCCCUUUCGACCAGACUCAUCCUGGAACAUCGGCCAAAAUUUCAUCCAUCUUUGACGUGUCUUUAAUUAGGGUCGACUUUCUCGUGCGUAACAAGCUACUGGCGCAACUUUACCUUUUAUCUCAUAGUAAACGCGACACUCUACCUUCUGGCAUCAAAAUCUACGUUAUGAGACAGGAUCCAUUCGUACCAUAUUCAUAGUCGAAAGCUUCUAGAAUAUAUCGCUAACCACCUCAUGUCUCCACCUCCCCCAUCCAACUGAAUUUCUCCUUUUGACCAUGAGGUCUUCGAUGGUUGUUCUAGAAGAGCCAGACCAGAGUGCUACUGAGGAAACUAUCUCCUUUUGCGUCCUUCUUGAUUGCAGCAGAGCCGAUUGCGUCAUAUGAUGGGCGAGAAGCAGCAUAUGCAGUUAGGCCAUGUCCACCUGAUAGGUACCAUUCAACUCAACUCUUCCGCAGCGGAUCCGCUCAGGUCGCGAAGAGACUUGCAUAAGAUCCUGUCGGUAUAUUUGUCGAGGUGCUUGCUAGUCGGGGUGUCUUCUACGUCAUUUCAUGGUCUCGCCCCUGUGAUGGA